AGAGAGAGAGAGAGAGAGAGAGGGGGGGAAGACACAACGGCAAAAUAGGUGUUUUUGUUUCUGUGCAAUCCAAUAUAAGCCACUUCUUCUCCUCAUUUGUUUUCUUCUUUUUAUUUGCUCAGGUUCAGUAAGCUGUAGAAUUUCAUCAUGGUUGCAACAGCUGCUACAUCUUCGUUUUUUCCUGUGACUUCACACUCACCAGACACUGGUGGAAAAGCCACCAAACUCGGUGGUGGCUGUGCUAACCUUGGAGGAUUCAAAUCCAAACAUGGUUCUUGUGGUGGCUUACAUGUUAAGGCAAAUGCCCAAGCUGCUCCAAAGAUUAAUGGAACUGUAGAACAUGUGAAGCUUGAGGAUGAUUUCCCAUCGCCUCCUCCUCCACCAAGGACUGUUAUCAAUCAGUUACCUGAUUGGAGCAUGCUUCUUGCUGCCAUCACAACAAUCUUCCUGGCUGCGGAAAAGCAGUGGAUGAUGCUUGAUUGGAAGCCGAGGCGAUCCGAUAACGUGCUCAUUGACCCAUUUGGUAUAGGAAAAAUUGUUCAAGAUGGUCUUGUUUUCCGGCAAAACUUUUCUAUUAGAUCAUAUGAGAUAGGUGCUGAUCGAACAGCAUCUAUAGAGACUUUAAUGAAUCAUUUGCAGGAAACUGCGCUUAAUCAUGUUAAGUCUGCUGGGCUUCUUGGUGAUGGCUUUGGUUCUACGCCAGAAAUGUGCAAAAAGAACUUGAUAUGGGUAGUCACUCGGAUGCAGGUUGUGGUUGAUCGUUAUCCUACAUGGGGUGAUGUUGUUCAAGUAGACACUUGGGUUUCUGAAUCAGGGAAGAAUGGUAUGCGUCGUGAUUGGCUUUUGCGUGACAUCAAAACUGAUGAAAUCCUGACAAGAGCCUCCAGUGUUUGGGUCAUGAUGAAUAAACUGACAAGGAGACUAUCUAAAAUUCCAGAAGAAGUCAGAGGAGAGAUAGAGUCUUAUUUUGUUAAUUCUGCUCCAGUUGUUGAAGAGGAUAACAGAAAAGUACCUAAACUUGAUGAUACAGCAGAUUAUAUUCGCACUGGUUUAAGUCCCAGAUGGAGUGAUCUGGAUGUUAAUCAGCAUGUUAACAAUGUGAAGUACAUUGGGUGGAUUCUGGAGAGUGCUCCACAGCCAAUUUUGGAGAGUCAUGAACUGUGUUCCAUGACUUUGGAGUACAGGAGGGAGUGUGGCAGGAACAGUGUGCUGCAGUCCCUGACUGAUGUCUCUGGUGCUGAUGUUGGCAAUUUAGUUAAUGGCGGAAUUGUUGAGUGCAAGCACUUGCUUCGACUUGAAGAUGGUGCUGAGAUUGUGAGGGGUAGGACUGGGUGGAGGCCCAAAUCUGUGAACAACUUUGGUUUUUUCAAUCAGGUUCCAGCAGAAAAGCACCUUAAUAUUGAAUGACUAAUCCCUGGAAUGGCAUCACUCUCGUUGUAAUUAGCUCCUGCUCUACUCUCUGGUUGCUCCAACUUCCAUUCCAUUUAUGGUUAUUGCUACUGCUAGGUGUCAUCAAUAUUUAUUUGUUUCAUCAAAAUGGCUAAGCAUGUAUAUUAUUAUUUACUUUCUAAUUUCCCUAGUUUGAAAGAUGCAGAUUUCUGUGAUCAUAGCAACGCUAUUAUUGUAUCAUAUUUAUUGGUCGUAGUAGCCAAGAAUGACUUUUCCGUCUCAUUUAUUUUUUUAGGUAUAAAUAAUUCCUUAUGCAAUUGAUGGGGUUUU